GUGUGCGAUAGCGGUCUAUCUGCAGAGCGCCAGCAGUAGCCAGCAGGCAGUGGCCAGGGGCAGUAACAGCCAGUGGUCAGCAUGCUGCGCCUCGGGUUCUUGGGCGCCGGAAAGAUGGCGCAUGCGCUCGCCAACGGCUUCCUUGCAGCAGGUCUCACAAAAGCUGAUGCCAUUAUUGCCAGUUGUGAUCCAUCAGACAAUUCUUCUAUUGAAUCAUUCCAGAAACUUGGUGCAAAUGUGUUGUUCUGUAACUCAUCUGUCAUGAAGCAGUGCAAUGUGAUAUUUUUGGCAGUGAAACCAGUGGUGGUACCACUAGUCCUCAGUGACAUAAAACCUGUCAUAUCUGAAAAACAUUUAUUGCUCUCAAUAGCCAUGGGGAUUUCAAUAGAAGAAAUAGAGAUGAGCCUACCCAAAGAUGUUCGUGUAAUCAGGGUGAUGCCUAAUACUCCAGCAACUGUUCGUUGUGCAGCAUCAGUAUUCUCUUGUGGAAGUGCAGCCAGACCUGAGGACAUAAAUUUGACAAAAAAGUUGUUUGGCUCAAUUGGAACUUGUGAAGAGGUUCCUGAAACUUAUAUGGAUCCUAUUACUGCAUUAAGUGGGUCUGGUCCAGCAUAUGUGUAUGCAAUCAUGGAAGCAUUAUGUACAGGAGGUGUGAGGAUGGGCCUACCAAGGGAAUUGGCCAGAAGGCUAGUGACACAAACUGUACUAGGUGCAGCCAAGACAGCAGUAGAGUCAAACCAACACUUAUCACAACUUUGUGAUGAUGUGACUUCCCCUGCAGGUUCCACUGCCGAGGCUCUUUAUUGGCUGGAACAGAGCAGACUACGAGCUGCACUAAUAGGAGCAGUUGAAGUUGCCACAAAGAAGUGUAAAGAAGUGAAUUUGAAGAGAUAAUUUUUAACCAUAAGUACCUACAGCACAGGACAUCACAUCACUACAA